ACAAAAAUGCUGAGAUGGUGGCAAGAUGGAACUACUGUGCCCUGAGUCAAGAGAAGUUACGUCAGCCAAUUGUAGCCUGCGAGCUAGGCAGGCUGUAUAACAAAGCUGCCAUCAUUGAAUUUUUAUUGGACAAGUCAGCUGAUAAAACUGCUAUGGAAGCUGCAUCACAUAUCAAGAGCAUUAAGAAUGUGACAGAACUAAACCUUGCAGAUAAUCCAGCUUGGGGUGGUGAUAAAGAGAGUAUAAAAGGUGACAAAUACGAUGAGUUCCAGUCUGCACGCUUUAUAUGCCCUGUGGUGGGACUGGAAAUGAAUGGAAGACACAGGUUUUGCUACUUGAGAAACUGUGGCUGUGUGUUCUCUGAACGUGCUCUCAAAGAAAUUAAAUCAGAAGUUUGUCACAAGUGUGGUGUUCACUUUCAAGAGGAAGAUGUGAUUAUCCUUAAUGGCAGUAAAGAAGAUGUGGAAGUAUUGAGAAAAAGGAUGGAGGAUAGAAGACUUAAAAGUAAAUUAGAAAAGAAAUCCAAGAAAUGUAAGUCAGUGGAAUCAGCUUCUCGGCAGGAUCCCACUGAAGAUUGUCCAGGUCCAUCAAAAGCUAAGACUGAAAAGAACUGUAUCGAUUCCAGUUCUGGGGAAAAGAGGCGGAUUAUCUUCACCAAAAGUUCGGAUAACAGAAAUUCAUCUGUACCAAGAAAAGUCAAGAAGGCUUCUUCUGCUGCUACGAAGAGAUCCAUUGCAGACAGCGAGGAGAAGUCUGAGGCAUACAAAUCUAUUUUUACAUCUCACAGCUCAGCAAAACGUCCAAAGGAUAAGUGUUCCAAUUGGGUUACUCACACAGCAUACUGUUUCUGAAACAAUGAGGAGCCUGAUAGUAGCAUUCAUUACUGCUUUCCUUCCCUAAGGCUUUUUCUGUACAACGCUGAUACAGAACUUUUGUUGUAAUCUGAUGUUAUCUGGAAUUAUUCUGUUUGUAAGUUGUUUAUAAACUCGUGAAUAACUAAUAAAUUUGUAGUAGUUGCAACUUACAUUACAUAAAAAAUAGAUCACCAG